CCGUGAGAGCUCUGCUGAAGUUAAAAACUGCACGGGGACCGAAAAGGCGCCCGGUUUCAUCUCCUACUUUUUUCUCAGUCUUGGAACGAUGGAGUUUAAUCCAAAGAGGACUGUUUUGACGUUGCUUUUGAUCCAGUGUUGGAGCAUCCCCCGAUCCCUAUCCUUUAAUGUGGGGACGGCAGGAGCCAAGGUGUUCUCUGGACCUGCCGUAGAGGAGUUUGGAUACACUGUGAAACAGUUCAGAAAUCACCUGGGGAAAUGGUUGCUGGUUGGUUCUCCCUGGAGUGGAUACAACCAGGACAGGAAAGGAGACAUCUACAAGUGUGAGAUCAGAGGGUCCAGUUCAGGCUGCCAGAGACUCAACCUGCAGAACUCAGUCAGCAUAUCAACAGUGAAGAACGUCAAUGUCAACAUGAGUCUGGGGCUAACCCUCACCCGCACAGCUACAGAAGAUAAAUUCAUGACAUGUGGACCUCUGUGGGCUCAGAAGUGUGGCAGUCAGUAUUAUUACCCAGGGAUCUGUGCAGAAGUUAGCCCUCUCUUCAGCCCCCUGUCUUCAUUCUCACCUGCCCUUCAAACUUGUGGGGGUCCGAUGGAUAUUGCUAUUAUUGUGGAUGGAUCCAACAGUAUAUAUCCCUGGCCACCAGUUGUGGCUUUCCUCAAGAAACUGUUGGAGAAUUUAGAUAUUGGACCGGAUAAUACUCAGGCAAGUAUUAUACAGUACGGGGUUGAUCCAUUCGUUGAAUUCAAUCUGAACACCUACAAAACCAAAGACUCGAUCAUUGCGGCUGCAGCGAACAUUCCCCAGAGGGAAGGCCUGGAGACCAACACCUUCCGGGCCAUUGAAUUUGCCAGACAGCAGGCGUUCCUGCCUAGGAACGGGGCUCGACCCGGAGCCAGCAAGGUGAUGGUGGUGGUGACGGACGGAGAAUCUCACGACAAGAACCUCCGAGAUGACGUCAUCAGGAAGUGUGAGAGUGAGAAGAUCACCCGCUUUGGUAUUGCUGUCCUUGGGUAUUACAUAAGGAAUGACAUUGACACUAAGAACCUGAUUGCUGAGAUCAAGUCCAUAGCCAGUACCCCGACAGAUAGGUAUUUCUUCAAUGUAUCAGCUGAGGAGGCUCUGCUCGAGAUCGCUGGAUCUCUGGGAGACCGCAUCUUCAACAUUGAGGGUACUGGGAAAGGUGGUGACUUUCAGAUGGAGAUGUCCCAAGUGGGAUUCAGUGCCCACCAAACCAAGAAGCAGAACAUGAUUAUGCUGGGUGCAGUGGGGGCCUAUGGCUGGAGUGGUACUGUGGUUCACUACACUACCCAGAAAUCAGACAUCUUCCCCAAGACGGCCUUUGAGAAAAUCCUAGAGGACAGAAACCACAGCUCACUAUUAGGCUACUCUGUGACAACGCUGAAUGAUGGGAGCAUAGAGUACUAUGUGGCUGGCGCUCCUCGGUCCAACCACACUGGACAGGUCAUAGUGUACACCAUCAACAGCAAGGGACAACCCACCGUCAUAGACUCCCAGAGAGGAGACCAGAUAGGCUCCUACUACGGCAGCGUACUCUGUCCUCUGGAUGUGGAUAAAGAUGGCGUGUCUGAUCUACUACUGGUCGGAGCUCCCAUGUUCAUGAACGAACAGAAGAAGGAGAAUGGAAAAGUGCAUCUCCUGUCUUUCACUAAGGGCAUCCUAAGUGACCAGGGGUUCCUGAAGGGUCCGUCCCAAGUGGAGAACGCUCGUUUUGGGAUGUCUAUCUCAGCGGUGCCUGACCUCAACAUGGAUGGCUACGGUGAUGUGGUGGUGGGAGCCCCACUGGAAGACAACAAUAAAGGUGUAAUCUAUGUCUUCAACGGGGACAAGAAGAGACUCAGGACACAGUACUCCCAGAAAAUCCUAGGCUCCAAGCUGGACCCUACGUUGCAGUACUUCGGGCGGUCCAUGGACGCCAGCUCCGACUUAAACGAUGACACCAUACCAGAUGUCUCAGUGGGGGCUUACGGAAAGGUGGUCCAACUCUGGUCUCGUGGUAUGGCCGUGGUGACAGCGAGGGCAACCUUCAACCCUGACAUGGUCAGCAUCCUGAGUAAGACGUGCGGGGUCAGUGGAAGGCUGGUGUCCUGCUUCAACACAUCAGUCUGUUUCAGCGCCACCUUCAGGCCCAAGAUACCUGUAGGACCUGUGGCUGUCAGGUACAACCUGACCCUGGAUGCUGAGCUCCAGUCGUCUCGUGUCACCUCCAGAGGUCAGUUCAGGAACUCAGAGAGAGUCAUGCAGAAAGACAUCAGGGUUUCCUCCGGGGAGGUCUGUGAGACCCUAGAGGUCUUUGUUCAGGAGGCCCCUGACUUUUUGAGCUCGAUCGGUCUGCGUGUGGACAUCACUCUGCAGGACCCAGACUCCAGUCCUGUUCUGGAUGUCCUCAGUCCCACCGCCUGGGAGUUCUUUAUCCCAUUCUCCAAAGACUGUGGCUCUGACGAGGUGUGUGAGAGUGAGCUGCUCUUGAAGUUGAAGAAAGGAGAGAUGAUUCCCAGCUCGUCUAGGAUGUUGGUCAGCUUUAAGGACAAGAGGCUCUCCUUUACUGUGUCUGUGACCAACAAGAAGGAGAAUGCGUACAACACCCAAGUCACAGCCACAUUCUCCAAAAACCUCUUCUACGCCUUCAUCAUUCCUCCAAGUGAUGGAACAGAGGUGAAGUGCACCUCCACCAAAGAGUCUCUUACCCUCUUAUGCAAGGUGGGAUACCCAGCUUUAAGGCAGAACCAAGAGGUGACAUUUGGAAUCAACUUUGACUUCAACCUGAAUCAACUGCAGACCGAAGCCAGUGUGAGCUUUGAAGCUCUAAGUGACAGCACAGAGGUGAACCCGUCAGACAACAAAGCCUCUAUCUCCAUCCCUGUCCACUACGACUCAGAGAUCUCCCUCUCCAGGGAAGCAAAUCUCAAUUUCUAUGUGGUUGACAUGGACAAUGAAGUGAAUACUGCAGUUAAUACUUUCAAUGACAUCGGUCCUGAGUUCAAAUUCUCUCUGAAGGUUUCUACAGGGAACUUCCCAGUCAGUCUGGCCUACCUCACAGUCUCACUGCCCAGCGCUACAGCAGGAGGGAACCCAUUGCUGUAUGUGACUGGUGUCAAAACGGCACCUGCUGGCGAAGUGAGCUGUGAAGUAACCAGCCUCGUCAACCCUCUGAAGAUCAGUGAGAAGCCUUACACAGCAUCCUUCUCCAUGGAGAACCUUAUGGGCACAGAGGAUCUGAACUGUAAGACAGCCACGUGCCAGCCUAUGAAAUGUGUCCUGAAAGACAUGGGGAUAAAGAGCGAUUUCUUUGUGAACGUGACCACACGGAUAUGGAACGGUACCUUUUCUGCUUCAUCCUUCCAGUCCACGGUGCUGACUGUGAGCACAGAGAUAGAGACCUCCCAACCUGAACUGCUGGUCAUCUCUCACAAGCACCUGAAGGUUGGCGUCACCAUCAGUAAACCAGGGGUGAAAGGAGAGGUGCCUGUAGGCGUUAUUGCGGGCAGUGUGAUUGGAGGCCUGCUUCUAUUGGCUCUCGUUAUUGGCCUGCUUUGGAAGUUUGGCUUCUUCCAGAGAAAGUACAAGCAGCUGAUGAAGAACACUGAGGAGGAUGAGGCAGAGACCGAGGGACUGGAGAACGCAGCAGCGUGAGAACCAGGCACAGGAAAGAACCCAUCUUGAAAACUACAAUGUGCCUACAGACUGAGAACACAUAAUGACCAAAGACCACAACCACACACAAACAAUAACUGAACAAACAUGAAUUGUACAUACAUAUUGAACCAAGGGCUUGUUAGUGGAAAGGGCUGUCUGGUUGGGUUGGUGGUUUUAACAUGGUUUGGGUUGUGGAGUGAACGGAGUGUUUUGAGUGAGCAGAAAGACAUUGUUUGAGCAUGUUAGAGAGUGUGACUCAAGGCUUUCAGGACCAACGAGACAACAGCUUUUAUGAGUGGAGGAGUCAUGAUCCUCUAACCAUCAAACACAUCUAAACAAAGACCCCAUUAUGUCCGCCAUCUUGGAUCCUCCAUAGGAAAGUCAUUAAUCGACUGUGCAUUUUUACUUGCUGAAUUCACUUGGGUACUGGUAUUUAUUUUUAUUUGUGUUUAAAUAAUUGUUGCUUUUAAGUCAUAGGCUUAAGUCUAUUGUUGGGUAAGAACCUUGUGUAUAGUAAUUUGUCGUAUCUAUUGAUGUUACUGUGCAAUUUACUGUGCAAUUGGUUGGAAAGCACAGUAGUAUAUUGUAAAUAGCCUUUCAAAUGGAUAUGGAAAAUAGCUUACGCAUAAGAGAUUAUGGAAAAUCAGCAUGGUUAUCAUAUGUUGGCAUUUGGCAUUCUCAGUGCUUUACUUUGCAAUGGGAGGGGUUUGACAUAUUGAUGCUGAGGCAUCCUUUUUUAUUUGUGAAAGAGAAAUGUACUUAAAAAGAUCAACAUUUUAACAGAACAUCCACAACCCAUCUUUCCUACUUUCACUGUUGCACUUCCUGCCUCUGAGUAUCUCAGUCACUGUUUUAUAGAGACAACACUGUAUAGUUACCCCAGCCAUACAACUGUCUUGGGAAAAACUGUGAAGACACUGUCUUUAGAAUAUACACUGUGUUCAAAUCAGAUUAAUGUAAAAAUUGAUUUAUUUGACUAUUUGUACAAAUGUUGUGCUAUCAGAGAAAAAGGCAGUUAUUGAAUGUGUAUAAAAUGAGAAUAUUUAUUGUGUGAUUUCAAUAUUAAAUAUGUAUCAUUCAGAUACAUUAUCAUCAAUUAAAAAUGUGUUUCUUAUUCCCUACAUAGCUAGUAUAAAUAUAAUAUUAGAAGCACUUACUGGUUAAUUAGUUUAUUUGUAAAGUUACUAUAUCAUGAUUGAGAGAAAUGAGAAGCUCAGUGUAAGAUACGCACAGUAGCAAAGACUAAACUCUGAGAGAAUGUUUAUGAGAAAAAGUUUGCAGAUACAUUUCUAGAUAUAUUUUCAAUGGGUACAUGCCACUUCUUUUAUUAAAAUGUUAUAGCAUUCAAAAGUUUUUAAGUGUUGUAAAUAUACUGACGGUACAUUUUAUUUCAUUAAAACCUUACGUACA